AUGUUUCGAGACACUACCAGUCAAGUCCAAUUCUCUCCUUCUUCCUCUCCACCGCCAUCCCCUUCCUCCUCCCCUAUACCUCCCGACUUUUACCUUCUCUUCUCCAGUUGCAUCGACGUAAAUCCUCCUGUCUCCUCCUCAAGCAACUGGCGCUUUCAAGUGUUGAAGAUUGACCUAGGUACAAGUUCAGCUCGCCAACCACCACAUAUUUCUACAUAUAUGCAUGCCAAACCUCCAUUCAGACCGACCAUCACACUAAAAACCUCAGUCACUUGCAUUCCAAGUCGUCAUAAUAGUUCAAAGGUGUUUGCUGGCAUUGUUCGAUGA